GAAAUAACAUGCAACUUUGAUGCAUCAGAGUGCGGUUUCGAGCAAGGCAAAGAUGACAAGCUAAGGUGGACUCGACACACAAGUUCUUCCGGUAAAGGACCUCCCUCUGAUCACACCACUGGAACCACAACAGGUGAACUCUUAACUAAUUGCAGCUUGCCAGACUUUAACUAUUAGCAGAGACAUUUCGGUUAUUUAGAGCGUCCAGUCAUCAAAUUGUUAGACUAAAAGAAUUAAACUAAAAUUGGUCUUUUUUAAGCCUUCAUAUCUAAAUCCGAAUUUUCACUAUCCUGGGUUAUCUUCACCCAGCUUUGAGCAGUCCAGCCCGAGUGUAUUGAAUAUAGGCAAGAAUAUCCACUUUCCUUUCUUAUUCUGAAAGCAACAUUAAUAUUUUAACCCCCAGUCCCGCCCCCCCAAAAUAGAAACUUCCGUCUAUAUUUGAGUAACCCAAGAGAGAAUAAUGCAACAUUAUUGUUUCUUGAGUCACCACAGUGCAAAACGAUAAUAACAGUUAGAACAAUAAAGUCAAUCAAUCAAUCAACCGAGCACUUAUUAUUAAACUGACUCUGAAAAAUGAAUUACUACACCUGCGUGCCUUUUAAAUUAUAUUAGGGAUUUUGUUUAUUCUCUUUUCAUACCUUAUCUCCAUAUGGAGCGUCUUCACUCACGUGGUCGAUAGCUAUUCAAAUUUAUUCCGAAAAAAGAAAGCGUUUACACCAACAUAGCCGUUGUGACGUCAUGUCAAAGGCUUUAUAGCAUUGGCGGAUCUAGGGCCAGAGAGGGGCUCGGGAGAGGCCAGGGCCCCCUCCUUAUUCUUUAAGCGCGACUGAGGCCCGUAGGGCCAAGGAAAAUUAUCCUCGAGACCGGCUGCCCUUAUUCUUAGGGUCUGGUUGAGUUUCCUGUAUCCUUAUCUCUUUGUAAGUUGUUACACAUUCAUUUUUUACAGUUAUCUAGUCAACAAGAACUUACAAAAUUGGACAGUCGGUCCUCAACCUAAAAACUACUGGUUAGUUAUAAGUUGCUACCCUCUAUCCAUCUUUAUCUCUUUAAAGGUUAUUACAUGUACAUAGAAGCAUCCAGUCCACAUCAACCAGGUGAUGGUGCCAAAUUGUACAGUCCUCCACUGAAGUUCUUUGGGAUUAUGUGCCUUGAAUUCUAUUACUAUAUGUAUGGUGCAGUUAACGGAAGCCUGAACGUCACCAUAAAUAAAACAGAAGUGUUCUCUGCGAGUGGUGAUAACGAA